AUGAUGAAACAACUUCUGUAUCUCUUUAUGAUCAUCCAUUGUGGAUAUUGCGACGACUUCGGAACGAUUCCUGUAAAUCGCUACGCGAAUGGCUCGGUGGAACCGCCCGAUACGCGGUCCGUGGGCCGCGUACCGCCCUACCAGCCUCCUGCCAUUGGUAUCCCGGGGCCAAUACAAGUUCCAGGAAUCAGACCCCAUAAUCCGUACACUCGGGUCGACGCUUGGCAUCCAAAUGGUCGGAUCUACGUAAGCGCCAAAGAAUCUUAUGUAGUAGCUGACGACGUCGAAGAUGGUAAUGACGAUGGCGGAUGUCAUAUUCCCUGCUCUAAAGAAUACUUCUCUUGCCAGGCAUCGUGCAAGUGUAUAGAACUGGAGAAAAGAUGCGACGGCAUUGCUGACUGCAUUGAUGCGGAAGACGAAGCCGGCUGCAGGAAGUCGUGUGAUGAACAGGAUAACCGUACUCUGUGCCAUGGGACGAAUGUGUGCAUCGCUUUUGAUUGGCUCUGCGACGGUGACAACGACUGUGGCGACUUUUCUGAUGAAACUCAUUGUGGUGCGGAAUUAAACUGUACUGAAGAACAAUUUUCGUGCACGAAUGGCCUAUGCAUUCACAAGGAAUGGAUGUGCGAUGGUGACAACGACUGUCGAGACAACUCUGAUGAAAUGAACUGCCCCAAGGGAAAGUGCAGAGAAAAGCAGUUUACUUGUGUAUCCGGUGAUUGUAUACCUCUUCAUUGGCGAUGCGAUAAAGAAGCCGACUGUCCUGACAAUUCGGACGAGACUGAGUGUCCUGUUGACUUACUGAGAUGCGGUGAGAAUGAAAUCCAAUGCGACAAUGACAAGUGUGUCCGGAAAGACUUCCAAUGUGACGGAGACAAUGACUGUGGUGAUUGGACUGAUGAGGACUCGUGCCCACUGCUACCUGGGAAUUGCAACGCUGCUGAAUAUAAAUGUAACGACGGUCGUUGUAUUCCGGAAAGCUGGCGAUGCAAUAUGGACAGAGACUGCACAGAUGGCGACGAUGAGUUGAACUGUGAGGCACUCGGUAUCCGGAAUUGCACAGCUGAUGAACAUACGUGUGAAGAUAGACGUUGUAUAUCGAAAACCUGGCUGUGCGAUGGAGUUCGUGACUGUUCUAACGGAGAAGAUGAAACUAACUGUGAAGUGUCAUGUGAAGAAGAUCAAUACAUGUGCAAGAGUCUAGUCAGCACCGCAUUCAGGAAUUGCGUCAAUCGGAAACACGUCUGCGACGGCAUGAAGGACUGUCCCCAGGGAGACGAUGAAGAGAAAUGUCCGAAGAAGAGAAAGUGCACGGCAAGGGACAAAUGUGAAAGACAGUGCAUCAUGACUUUUGAUGGGAAACCGGCAUGUUCUUGCCCGUUGGGGUACUUGCUGGGUGAUGAUGGUUACAGCUGUCGGGACAUCGAUGAGUGUAUGUACGAACAAGAUCCUGUUUGUUCUCAAACGUGCUCAAAUACUCAAGGCAGCUUCCGUUGCGGCUGUAUGACUGGAUACGUUUUGCGACCUGACGAACGCUCUUGCAAGGCCACAGGAGAAUCACCAACACUCCUUUUUUCAAACCGUAUUGGUGUCCGCAAGGUUUGGUUAUCUGGUGACAACUACGUAACAGUUCUGAAGGGCCUACAUAACGCUGUAGCCUUGGAUUAUCACUACAAUAAGAAACUGUUAUUCUGGACUGAAAAUAACAUGAAAGUUAUUCGUGUUGCACCUCUGGACAGCAAUAACAUGACAGAUAUUUCACUUGUAGACGUAAUACGAUGGGGACUGGAGACUCCGAGUGGAGUGGCAGUUGACUGGAUUCAUGAUUUACUCUUCUGGACUGAUUCGGGGACGAGGCGGGUUGAAGUUGCUACUUUGAAUGGACAGCAGCGAGCUGUACUUGCUGCUAGUGACUUAGACAAGCCCAGGGCCGUUGCUGUACAUCCGGGUGAUGCCUUGGUCUUUUGGACUGAUUGGGGUCCAAAUCCUAAAAUCGAACGAGCGGAUAUGGACGGAAGCAGACGCAAGAGUGUCAUUGUUGAUAAAAUCUUCUGGCCCAAUGGUCUCACUAUUGAUUACACGGAGUCGAAGAUCUACUGGGCGGAUGCUAAGCAUCAUGUCAUAGAGAAGGCGUCAUUCGAUGGUCGUGAUAGAAAAAGAAUAACAAACAAAGGAGUACCACACCCGUUUGCAUUAACAGUUUUUGAAGAUGCUAUCUACUGGACGGAUUGGCACACUAAAAGCAUAUCAACUAUCAAUAAGAAGACGGGCAUGGGAAUACAAACGAUACAUGCUAGCUUACAAGUUCCAAUGGAUAUUCAGAGCUUCCAUCCACUUCGACAAUUGAAUACAUACAAGAACCGCUGUGGCACUAACAACGGGGGUUGCUCCCAUCUUUGCCUUCCAAAUAGUAACGGUUAUACUUGUCGGUGCCCUAUUGGAUAUAAUCUUAAGCCGAAUGGACGAACUUGUGAAGAUACACCUGAUAAACUGUUGCUUUAUGCAAGAAGGAAGGAUAUAAGGUUGAAAUUACUCAAUCCUCGCAAGCAAAUAGAUUCUUUGGAUAUGGUGAUUCCGGUGGACAGCAUAAAAUCAGCGGUAGCACUAGAUUGGGAUCACUCACGAAAGAGAAUCUUUUGGACAGACGUUGAAAAAGAUACAAUCAACCGUGCCUUCCUCAAUGGCUCAAAUCAGACUGUUGUUGUCAAUACGAAUUUGAUUUCGCCAGCUGGUCUCGCAUAUGACUGGAUGACGGAUAAGUUAUAUUGGACGGACGCUGGUACCAACCGCAUUGAAGUGGCUAACUCAAAUGGCACUAUGAGGAGCCUCCUUGCAUGGGAGAAUAUUGACAAACCGAGGGACAUAGUAGUCGAUCCAAGAGGUGGUGUUAUGUAUUGGUCAGACUGGGGCAAAGUCCCGUGUAUAGAGCGUGCUGAUAUGGAUGGUGGGAAUCGUAAGCGCCUUAUUUUUGGUGACAUGACAUGGCCCAAUGGUCUAGCUCUCGACCUGGCUAAUAACCGCAUUUACUGGACCGAUGGUGGUAACCGGACUAUAGAAUACGCAAAUCUCGAUGGUAGUGGCAGGACAGUGUUGAUUGGACAGCACCUCCCUCACCCCUUUGGUCUUGACCUCUACGGGGAUGAAGUAUUCUGGACAGAUUGGGAUGCAAACUCGAUACAGGCAGCUAACAAGUACACGGGGAAGAACCGGCGGACGCUGGGAGCCGGCGUGGAAGGACUCAUGGAUGUUAGAGUAUUCCACAAAGAGAGAAAGGGAGGCAAUAGUCGUUGCAGCAGAAAUAAUGGUGGCUGUUCACAUCUCUGUCUUUUGAAACCCAAUGGACGAACAUGCGCAUGCCCAACAGGUGUUAAAUUGAUGGAGGACGGCAAGCGGUGCGCAGAUGGACCAGUAAACUACCUGAUAUUCGCUCACCGGGUGGACAUUCGCUUCGUCUCCUUUGAUGUACCUUACCUCGUCGAUGUUGUCUUCCCUUUCCUGGCGCUCAAAAAUGCUCUUGGAGUCGAUGUUGAUCAAAAUACUGGUCUCAUUUACUGGACCGACACUGCUGAGCGAGUAAUACGUCGUGCAGACAAGUACGGUCAUCAAGUGAAAACUAUCAUCACUAGAGGAUUGCAGACAGCUGACGGUCUCGCUAUUGAUUCUUCUGGAAGGAAGAUGUACUGGACGGAUGGUGGUCGCAACAGUAUUGAAGUAGCCGAGUUGGACGGAUCCAAUCGCAAAGUACUCGUAUGGACAGGACUAGAUUCACCUCGAGGCAUAGCUCUGCAUUACGAACGCGGUUACAUGUUUUGGUCUGACUGGGGAACCGAAGCUAAGAUAGAACGAGCUGAUAUGGACGGAACACAUCGACGUGUCAUUGUAACCCAAAGCGUCGAAUGGCCCAACGGCCUGGCAGUGGAUCGCAUUGAAAACAGAAUUUACUGGAACGACGCUAAAGCUAACACCAUCGAAAGUUCGGACUUCAACGGUUGGGCUCGCAAGACCAUACUUAGUAACGUGCCAUACCCGUAUGGCAUUGUUAUCGUUGGGCAAUACAUCUACUGGACUGAUUGGAAAACUAAAGCGUUGCAUAGAGCUGAUAAGAAUAACGUUAAAGAUCAACUUAUAAUACGAGACAAUCUGGAAGGUUUGAUGGACAUAAGAGCAAUUCAGAGUGACUAUAAAAUGGACAACGUCUGUGGAACGAACAAUGGAGGAUGCUCGCAUUUAUGCCUUAGAAACUCUCGUGGGUUCUCAUGUGCCUGUCCAACGGGAUUAUUAUUUGAAAACACGACAGAUCCCGAACCGAAAAAAUGCAAGAAGCAUCCAGAGAAUUUCCUCAUAUUUGCAACUCGCACUAGCAUGACCAUCAUUUCCCUGGACACACCAGAACUAAGGGACAUUAAUAUUCCAGUACAACACAUGGAGAGUUCUAUAGCAAUCGAUUUUCAUUGGGAUCGUAAACUUAUCUUCUACACAGAUGUGAAGCUUAACGAAAUCAGGACGUUAAACAUGGAAAAUAUGACUGAGAAUAAAAUGAUCGUCAACACGAGCUUGGAAACACCAAAUGGUUUAGCUGUGGAUUGGAUAGCCGAUAACUUGUAUUGGACGGAUAACGAAUAUAAGGUCGUGGAAGUUGCAAAGCUUGACGGAACUUGUAGGAAGGUUUUGCUAUCUGGCCUUGACGAACCACGCUCUGUUGCGCUAUUUCCUGCAAAGGGAUACUUAUACUGGAGCGAUUGGGGAGAUAAUCCUAGUAUAGAAAGAGCGGCAUUGGAUGGUACCAUGAGGAAGGUCAUUGUUGACCACGAUCUAGGUUUUCCUAACGGUCUCACUAUCGAUUAUGUAGAACGAAGGCUCUAUUGGACUGAUGCUUUAAAGGACAGAAUCGAUACUUCUGACCUGAACGGCCUACAUCGAGUACAACUUGUACCGGACGCUAAGAAUCCUUUCGGAAUGACUCAGUUCUGCGAAUUCAUCUACUGGACGGAUUGGUAUAAGAAAGCGGUAAUGAGAGCAGAGAAGAACACCGGAAAGAACGUGACCGCUGUUAGCACCAACUUUGAAAUGGCCAUGGAAAUAAAAGCAGUGUCCCAUCAGCGACAGCACGGCUGGAAUCCGUGUAUGGAGAACAAUGGUGGAUGUUCCCAUUUCUGCUUCUUCAGAGGACAUGACUAUGUUUGUGGUUGUCCAGACCAUGCGGACGACACAUGUUCGACUACACCAAGACAACGUGUCGAGUUACGAAUGCCGUCUCGUUACCCACCCAACUACGACUACAUGGAUUAUGAGCACAUCGACCUGGCCACACCAGCUCCUGAAGCGCAUUCCAACACCGGCGCGAUUGUUAUCGGCGUGUCUGUUAUGAUCAUCAUUAUCAUUGGUGCUAUAGCUAUCACCUUUGUUUGUGUCCGGAUACUCAAAGAUCGAGAGACCGAUAUGAAGGAGACGCACCGCGAUUCAAACUGCCACAUAUCAUUCCACAACCCGAACUACGACCAGGCGAGCGACCCUGCUCAUUCUGGAGAUGGCGAACGGAAGAAUUAUCGCUUGCAUAAUUUCUUCAAGUACGAGAAGAGCCAGGGCCGCGUAACAAACGUAUAUAUGCCGGAAGGCACGAGUCUGUUGCCUUCGCCACCACCUCAUGAGGACCUGCCUAUAAGGCCGGCUACACACGAUGACUUUGAACCAGUCACGCUACACUCUUUCACCUAA